AUGCUUUUCCUCCGUGUGGCUAGAUGGCUUUCUCUUGCCUCUUUGGCGUACUCCACCCCUUUAUCAACAACGAAGACAUCUUCCAGCGAGCCACCAACGGCUACCCUCACGUCCAGCAAUUCACAGAACAAAACUGUCUUCGUUGGUCGUACUUUAUCCGAAUUCAGUCAGGAUGUCUUCCUGGGCGUCAAGUUUGCGGAUGAGCCAGUUCGGUUUACGCCUGCAAAACUGAAGGACGAAUACGCAUCCAGUGAUAGCGACUCCGGUGUAUAUGAUUUUUCUGUUGUUGGAACCAAGCCUCAGAACCAUGAAAUAUAUUACAACGCAACUGAAUACGGUUAUGACUGUCCUGGAUAUGGAUCUGAUACUACAACUCUAGUCGAAGAGGGCUUUGUGCGGCUGGGUGAGAAUUGUCUGAACCUGAACGUUAUAAGACCCCAAGAUGAUAGUGAGGAGUUACUGCCUGUUCUCCUUUGGAUCUUUGGAGGUGGAUGGCAACAAGGAUCUACUGCAGAUCCGAGAUACAAUAUGAGCUAUAUCAUUCAACAGAGUGCAGAGAAUGGUAAGCCUGUAAUUGGUGUGUCCAUCAACUAUCGACUAGCUGCCUUUGGGUUUUUAGACUCAGAAGAAGUGCGGGCUGAGAAAAACACCAACCUUGCUCUUCGAGACCAGCGGGUUGCCAUGCAUUGGGUCAAAAAGAAUAUCGAAGCUUUUGGUGGUGACCCUGACAAGAUCACUAUUUGGGGCGAAUCUGCAGGUGCUUACAGUGUCGGAGAUCACCUAGUCACCAACGGUGGUGAUAACGAAGGACUCUUUAGAGCCGCGAUCAUGGAUUCAGGAAACGCGGUUGGACCCCCAUACAACGGAACUGAAUGGCAUCAACCGAUGUACGACGGAAUCGUGGAACGCACGGGCUGCUCAAAUGCAACAAACACCCUUCAAUGUCUCCGUGAUCUCCCAUACGAGACAUUUUACAAUGCAGCCUAUGUUGGCCUAGAGUGGUUUGCUACCAUCGACGAUAUUUUUAUCUCGCAAUACCCGCAAAUAAGCUAUCGCGAGGGCAAAAUCGCAAAAGUCCCGAUCCUUUUAGGUACAAAUACAGAUGAAGGAACAAGCUUCGGAACAACCGGUGUGAAUACAGACGAGGAAGCUAUUGCACAGCUAAUCUCUUCAAAACGUUGGGACAUCUCUACUGAAGAGGCCACUGAGAUUCUGACUCACUAUCCUAAUAUUUCUGCGAUCGGUUGCCCUUAUGGCUGGGGAAACGUUACUUGGCCAUCUCUGGGCUAUGAGUACAAGCGCUACGAAUCCAUCGCUGGAGACUUGUGCAUGGUAGCGCCUCGUCGGAUGCUGGCACAUACCAUGUCAGCCUUUGAGGAGAAUGUAUUCUCGUACCGGUGGGACGUUGCUGCUCUGAAUACCAGUUCGUUAAUUGGAGUGCAGCAUUUCGCAGAGAUUCCUUUUGUCUUUGCCAAUCCAGUCCAGAACAUGACCUCCCUGGGGGCAGAGCUACCUGGCAGACUGGCCUUGGGUCAAAUGGCCGCACGCAUGUGGACAUCGUUUGCCGCGGAUUUGAAUCCUAAUGGCCAUGGAAUACCCGAUAUUCCCAAUUGGCCUCGUUACUCUUCACAAACAGCUAAUUUUGUCUUUCGUCUUCCGCGAAACGACAGCUAUGUUGAAAAAGAUGAUUAUCGUGUCUCUGGAAUGCAGUAUAUCAACAGCAUUGCGCGGUAA